AUGAGGCCGCCGGACAUGUAUGACCCUGGCGGCAGCUCGUCGUCCCGGCCACAUGGCACGGAGGAGCUGCAGCCGGAGGUGGUUCUCUACACGGCGUCGACGUCAUGCCGUAGAGGCCGCACCUCCGCCGACCUCUACGCCCUACGUGCCCUGCUGCGGGGCUACGGCCUAGCCAUGGACGAGCGCGACGUGUCCAGGAGCAAAGCGCACCGCUGCGAGCUCAAGUCGUUGCUCGCGGCUCGGGGCUGCGCUUUCUCCCUCCCGCAGCUCCUCGUGGGCGGCCAGCUCGUGGGCGGCCCUGACGAUGUUAGGCAGCUGCACCAGACCGGUGGGCUCCGGCCUCUCCUCGACGGCGCCCCGAGGCCGUACGGCGCCUUCGUCUGCAAAUCCUGCAGGACGGUCGACUCCAAGCCCUGCAGGAAGUGCAGCCACUCCCGCAACAAGAUUCUGGAUCACGGCGUUAUUGCCGACGAGCAGGAGAGGGUUGUCCUUUUUUAUCCAACCCAAGAUGUUUCAGUGGGAGGUAGAGGCAGAAAGUUGGAUGCCACUAUCAGUGUUUCUCUGGGUGUCAUGAGACCCCUUGUUAAGAAGCUUGACAUGAUGCUAGGUCCUCAUGGAUGCAAGCUGACCAAGGGGGUCAAUGAUAGGUUGCAACUUCUCAAAGAUGAUCUUGAAGAAAUAGGCGCAAACCUUGAAGAUCUAUUAGAGGUGGAGGACCCUCCCCUGGAAGCCAAGUGCUGGAUGAAAGAGGCACAUGAGUUAUCUUAUGACAUCCUAGAUUGUAUUGACAACUUUGUGCCCCCUGGGUCUCUUGGCUACAGAUCUGACCACAAGACGACUCAUGUUAAGAUUCCCAAGAGGCUCAAGUGGCAGAAACUGAUUGAAUAUGCAGGUCCUGAUGUGUCAGGACAUGUUAUCUCCAAAACCAUUCGUGUUAAUGUCAUUCGUGCUCCUAGGAGGCUCAAGUGGUACCAGCAAGUGGUUGAAAAGGUAUCAAAAUUCAGGAUCUAUGCUAAGGAGAUGGUUCGGCGGUACGAGAGGUACCUGGGCCACUGUUGUAACACCUUGGCGGCAAGUAGAUUUUUGGCCAUUGGGCCUAUGAUGCCAAUGCCGCCACCGCCAUGUGAGAAAACUUGUUCCGGCCUAGUAAUUGAUGGUCGGAUGAGCAACUUUAUCAACUACCAGCUGGCUAAUGAUGAGAAUCAGCAGUUCAAGGUGGUGUCUAUUCACGGAUCUGGAUGUCUUGGUAAAACAAUGCUUGCCAAAGUGUUGUACAAUAAAAUUGGGAAGCAAUUCCAUUGUCGGGCUUUCAUCCGGGUGUCCAAAAAGCCUGAUAUAAAGACCCUUUUCCACGACAUACUAUCACAAAUCAAGCGGAAGCAGCCCCAAGCAAGCCAAGACGCUUCCGCUGAACUUCGCGUUACUGCUGAAAAUAUAAGGAAUUACCUACAUGGCAAGAGGUAUCUGAUUGUAGUUGAUGAUUUAUGGGAUACAUCAUCAUGGGAUGUUAUUAAUCAGGUUUUUCCCAAGGGUUGUCAAGGCAGCAGAAUAAUAACAACGACACAGAUUGAAGAUGUUGCAUUAGCAUGUUGCUGCGAUGACCCAGAACAAGUUUUUGAGAUGAAACCUUUGGAUCAUGAUCACUCAAGGAAGCUAUUCUUUGGCAUGCUUUUUGGUUCUGAAAGUGACUGUCCCGAAGAAUUUAAACAAGUUUCAAGCGAAAUUGCAGAAAUAUGUGGUGGUUUGCCUGUAGCGACCAAUAGCAUAGCUAGUCUGUUAGCAAACCAGCCUUCCUUAUCAAUGGAUUUAUUCACACGCAUACAUGAUUCGUUAAUCUCCUGUUUGGCAUCAAAUUCCACUUCAGAAAGAACGAGACAAAUACUAAACCUCAGCUACAACAGCCUCCCUCACUACCUCAAGACUUGCCUCCUCCAUCUUAGAAUGUAUCCAGAGGGCUCCAUAAUCUUCAAACAUGAUCUCGUUCGGCAAUGGGUAGCUGAGAGGUUUAUUUAUGCAAGAGAAGGGCAAGACACAGAGCAAGUUGCAGGGAUGUAUUUUGAUGAACUUGUUGAUAGAAGAUUCAUCAAGCCUAUGUCUAUCAACUUCAACAAUGAGGUGGUGUCCUGCACAGUUCACUCUGUGGUGCAUGAUCUUAUUGUACACAAGUCUGCGGAAGAGAAUUUCGUUGUGGUAGUAGAUUACAAUCGCAAGAUUUUGUCAUUUUCUCAUAAGGUCCAUCGACUAUCUCUCCAACCCGGUGAUGCAAAAUAUGCCAAGAUACCAGCAAACAUCAGAAAGUCACAAGUGCGGUCACUUGGGUUUUUUGGAGUAUCAGAGUGUAUGCCUUGUAUUGGAGAGUUCAAGCUUGUUCGUGUGCUAAACCUUCAAUUGUCUGGUCAUCAUCAUGGCAGCCAAGACCUGGCCAUAGACCUCACUGGGAUAUCAGAACUGUUCCAUCUGAUAUAUUUGAAGAUUGCUUGUGAUGUCUGCAUAAAACUGCCAAGCCGUAUGAGAGGGCUGCAAUGUCUGGAAACACUGGAUAUGAUGGAUACAACAACAUGCACUCAUGUUCCAUGGGAUAUUAUAUAUCUCCCACAAUUGUUGCACCUCAGUCUUCCUGCUCAUUCGAAUCUGCUGGAUUGGUCUGUCAAUCCAUCUGGGAGCCUUGGCAUGUUGAACCAUCUGCAGGAUCUUUAUAUUUCUACGCCGCCUUGUUCUAAUUCCUACCAUCUGAAGAGAAGCAUGCAAGCUCUGGAUUCUUUUAUAUGUGAACAUGGAAGCCUGAAAAAUGUAAAAGUGGUGGCUCAUGGGUCCUCGGUUAGGUAUGGUGACGCUUCAGAAGCAAGUGUUUUCUGGUAUUUCGUCAAAACUCCCUGCCAUCUCCAGAGAUUUGAGCUCUCACCGCACAAACCCGUCAUAUUUUCUUGGCUGCAUGUGUGGUUGAAACAACUAGGUAACCUAUCCAUUCUGAAGAUUGCUGUGCGUGAACUGUCGAUAGAUAAUACUGAUAUUCUUAAACAGUUGCCUGCUCUCACUGCUCUGUCGUUGUAUGUGGAGACGGAGCCCAGCAUGAAGAUUAUCUUUGACAAUGCAGCUGGAUUCACAGCUCUCAAGUACUUGAAGCUGAGGUUCAUGAGUGGAAUAGCUUGGCUAAAAUUUGAGGCGGGAGCAAUGCCUAAUCUCUGGAAGCUUAGGCUCGUUUUCGACGCCAUCCCCCAAAUGGACCAACAACUUUAUCUUUAUUCAGACAGUGACCAGUGGAAACAAUAUCGGCAUGGUACUGCAUUGAUCAGCAUUGAGCAUAUGACAGGCCUUAGAGAGGUCUCCGCAAAAUUCGGGGGUGCAGCUGGUGAUCUAAAGUAUGUCUCAUUGAGCGGGAUAGUUAGCAAUCAUCCGAGCAAUCCUAUAAUCCAUGUCCAAUUAGUGGAUUCUGGUUCCCAUGGUGGUGGAGAGGUGGUCUCAUGGAGCAAUACCAUUGGUGUGAUAGGUCGUGACCUCUUCAUCUAUUGCCUCCACCGCCUCUCCAGGUGGGAAUAUGGCGCCAUCGCCUCCCUCAACCGUGACUUCAAUUCGGUGGUUCGCAACGGGGACAUCUACCGCCUGCGUCGCAAGAAUGGGGUGGCCGAGCACUGGCUCUACCUCUCUUGCGGUAAUAAUUCCCACAAGUGGGACGCUUUUGACCCAUCCACUGGGCGCUGGAUCCAAGUGCCCAAGAUGCCACCAGCUCAAUUCUUAUUAGCAGAGAUGAUCGCUGUAGGAACCGAGCUGCUGGCGUUUGGGGGUGGAAGGGUUGGCUUGACAUAUAGCAUCCUUACCAAUUCAUGGACACGGCUUCCUGAGGUGAUGAACAGGCCGCGGUUCACGUUUGGGUCAGCAAGUGUCGGCGAAAAGGUGUAUGUCGCGGGAGGUAAGGAUUCUUCAGGAAGGGAAUUGAGCUCCGCAGAGAUGUAUGACUCGGAGACGCAUACUUGGACAACCCUUCCCAGCAUGAAGAGGGCUAGGUCCGGAUGCUCUGGUGCGUUCAUGGACAGCAAGUUCUAUGUGAUCGGUGGUAUUACCGAUAACCAAGAGGCAUUGACAUGCGGUGAGGAGUAUGACUUGAGCCGGCAGUCAUGGAGGGUCAUAGACAACAUGUCUCAGGGGCUCAACCAGGCAAGCCAGGGAGCUUCUCUGCUCCUUGCAGCUGUCAACAAUGAGCUUUAUGCUGCUGAUUACAUAGAGAAUGAUUUGAAGCAGUAUGAUAAGAUGGACAACAAGUGGAUCACUCUUGGAAAAUUGCCUGUACAGUCUAUGUACAAAGAUGGCUGGGACAUUGGUUUCCGAGCAUGUGGUGACCGGCUGAUUGUUAUUGGGCCUUCAAACAAUUCUACUGAUGAAAAGGUGGUUGAGCUUCAUUCAUGGACCCCGGAUGAGCAACCGCCUGUGUGGAAUUUUCUUUCAAGACGGCAAUUUACCAGUGAGAGGCGUCUUUUGUACUGCGCUGUGAUGGGUUGCUGA